AUGCAGACCGCAAACCCACUCCGUUAUCCCAAUCCGCAGCCACUACCCAACUCUCUCAACCCUCUGUACCAGUUCUAUCCGCGAUUGGGAGGUGAAGUCACAGGAGCACUGUCUCCUUAUUUCCCGGGGAACCGCAUAGUGCUACGUCUGCACCGUCCGAGCAGAAUGCAGACAGUUAUCUGCAAAGUCAUCCACGUCUUCGAACCAUUUGAUAUCGCGUGCAUAAUAUCUGUCACUCUGGAGCAACCGCCCAAAGGUCUGGAAGGGUUGCUAAUUGUCAGGAUAUAUGAUCGACGCUUUGCAAUCGCCCAAAGAUUGAGGCAUCGCUGCGAAUACUGGUCUCAUGAUAUUGAAGUGGGUUUCCGGGAUUUCAUACGUGACAGAGAUUCAUCUGUGUAUUUUGAGAGCCCGAGCACCGAAGUACUAGAUGGAGAAGUUUCUGAGCGCUGGUGCAUUGGUCGGCGCGAAGCACGUUUUAACGCGGUCAUGCAAAAGUACUACACUACUGAGUUGGAAACAUAUCACAAGGUCAAGGAUCUUCAAGGUAGAUAUAUCCCAGGGUGCUUUGGCACUGUCCAUUUGCCAUGGGAAGUACAAGGGAAACCGGGAUACCCUUUGAGAUGGUCAUGUCCUGGACUCCUAGUUCAGUAUAUCACAGGGUUUCCCUUGGAGAGACUUGCAUAUUACAUGCCACGUCAAGGGUGGCAAUCUGUCUGCGAAGAUGCUGCUCAGGUUGAGAAAAUUUUGAAAGACCGAGGCUUGCAGGAUCUUGACACCAAUCCCAAGAACUUUGUCGUCUGGCCCGAGAAUCCUAGGGGACCAUUCAAAGUCAUGAUGCUCAAUCUUGUGAGGCGAAACAUCCCCAAAAAUGGCACAGAUGAUCUUGAAAUGAGGCCGGUCAAGCCAGAGCCAGACACCAAGAAGUUUAGAGAAUCUACUACUCCAGAGAUUCUAGACGGAGACUUUCGGAUUCGUUGA